CACUCUCCUCCCACAGGCAGCCCAAGACAAGGAGACGGCAGAGGCAGUAGGGACCCCGGGGGGGGGGCAUGGGGAGGGGGGUCCCCAAUCCCAGGCAGGAGGUGCUGGGGGCUGUCAUUCCCCCCCCCCGCGCCCCCAGCCCCGUGUCCCCGAAGCUCCCCGUGUACAUGGCACUGCUGGCCUGCGGCUGCCAGGUCCGGCUGCAGCUGCAGGCACUGCUGGCUGAGGCGGCUGCCCUGGACGAGCGCUUCUACCUCAAGGCCCUGCAGCUCCCCAACCACACCCACUCCGAGGCACCCAUCGGGGAUGAGAGCCAGGCCCGUGUGCUGGAGGUGGUAGGAGAGAAGCCAGUGUUUGACUUCAAGCCGAAGGGACACCUGGAGCUGGGUGAGGGACUGGACAUCAUCUGCCAGCGGCGCCUGUCGCACAUCUCGGGGCACCGCUCCUACUACCUGUGCGGAGCUGGCAUGCUGCUGCAGCACGCACUCGUGCGCUUCGCCAUGGCCAAGCUGCUGCCCAAGGAGGGCUGUGGCAUGCAGCCCAACACCACCCCCUCACCCAUCUACAUCAACCCCUCCCACUUUGAGGACCUCUGCCUGGAUGGCACCUCUGAGGUGGGGAUCACAGGGUACUUCAUGAACCACACCGUGUGGCUGGAGGACUUGCCCAUCAGCACCUGCUACUGGGCCGAGACCAACACAGGGCGGGAGCCAUGGGGGCUCUACCGUAUCCACCAGUUCACCAAGGUGGAGAUGUUCAGGGUGACAGCGGCAGAAAGUGGGGAUGAGUGUGAGGUGCUGCUGGCUGAAUUUCUGGCUCUACAGAAGGAAAUCUCUGAGCUGGGACUGCAUUACCGUGUCCUCAACAUGCCCACGCAGAAGCUGGGGCUCCCUGCCUACCGCAAGUUCAAUAUCGAAGCCUGGAUACCCAGACAGGGCAAAUAUGGGGAGAUCUCCAGCACCUCCAACUGCACCGACUACCAGAGCUGGCACCUGAACAUCAUGUACAGCAACAGGGCUGGGCAGUUACAGCACACACACACGGUGAACAGCACCACCUGUGCUGUCUCCCAGAUGCUCAUUGCUCUCCUGGAGUGCAACCAGCUACUGGACGGCCGCAUCCACGUGCCCCCCGCCCUGCAGCCCCUCAUUGGCCAGGCCGUGUUCACCCAGCCCCCAGCCCCCCUGCUGCGCUACAUCGGCCUUAACCAGCCCCGGGGGGGGCCGCAAGGUGCCCUGAGCCGGGGGGGGAUGACCCCCAGGUGGCCCCAGUGUCCCCACGAGACACCCCAAGCAUGGGGGGGGGGCACCUAAGGUGGCUCCUGCACUAGAUGGGACACGGAAGCAGAAGG